AUGAUAAAGAUUUAUGCCACUUUUCAUGAAAUUUUUUUGAAGGAAGAGAAAGGAGCUGAAAAAAACGCCAUUCUACCAUCUGAUUCACAGCAAGUACAAACACGUUCGAUUAAUACAUCACUGUUUGCGAAUAUGAAAAUUGUUAGCGAUGCCUCUUCGCAAAAGAAAAAUGAAAAAAUCGCUCAUCAAAAAGCAUCAAAUGGACGAAAUAAAAGUGUGCUAAGAGCGUUAACUUCACCCGGUUGUCGAUCUCCUGAAAUUUCAAAUACACUAAUUUGUAAAACAGCUCAAAAAUCAAAGUCAGAGAGUCACGUAUCCAGAGCUGAUAUGGUGACAGUUACAAUUAAAUCAACUGUAUCAUCUUUCAAACCACUAAAGUUAGUGAUGAAGAAAACAACAAGCAUACGCAUGCUAAAGAAUUAUUUACACUCACGAUUUAGUGGCGCUAAUAAGAUUAUUCUCAUUUAUGAUAACAAGGAAUUGAAGAAUGAAGGCGGCUCUCUGGCAUCAGUCGGUAUUACUUCGGGUAGUGUGUUGUGGUUAUUAGUAAAACCAGUUUCUGGUAAUAAUGAUCGUGAAGAGAUUGCAUCUUUAAUUCGAAUGUCUCAAUCAUUAGCUAAUCUACGAAAUUUAAUUCGUUCUUUGCCAUCCAUCGACAGUUCUGAACCAAGCUUAUCCGGAUCUGGUGAAUAUGCUGAAGUCGUACCCUGCGGAUACAGAGAAGCGGAGCAUGAACAAAUGCGAGAAAAAAUGAAAUUAUUGAUAAAGCGGAGAGAAAAGAGUCGACAGAAUAGCGCAAAAGAUUCGCCGGAAAAUUCACGGCUAAAAAUUCAAGAAAUGCCUGAAAAAGAAGUAACUACCGACUCAAUAUCACAAUCACCAUCAUCAUUCAAUAGUUCAUGCGCAUCAGUUUCUAGUACAUGCAAGACCUCUAUUGCUUUGUCACCAUCCAUUUCAACUCCAAAGGGUACUGCUGACAUCAUGAAACAGAAGGAAUUAGCGACGUAUUUCGAUCCACCGGAAACAAUCAAACAGCGAAAAUUCGAAGAGGAGGAAUUGUUUGAUGUUCCAUCAAAUGAGAGCGAAUUGCUUAAGAUAAAAGAUGAAAUAAAAAAUAAACGAUGUAGUUUUUGUCGAAUAAAGUUGAAAAUAGCUGAUAGAGAAAUAAAAUGCAUAUGUGGGCAUAUAUUUUGCAGUAAACAUCGCAACCCUCAGAUGCACAGAUGCAAUAUUGAUUUAAAAUCAAUCGAUCGAGUAUAUGUCAGAAUGGCGUUACCAAAAUUACUACAAGACAUUCCAAAAUCGAAGAUAUAG